GCUCACAAAACCGAGGCACGUAGCAGCGUCCUGCUCUCUGUGCCUGGCAACGCACUCAAACGUCAUGACGUUUCUGCGCGUAUUAUGGGAUGUGGCGAAUUAAACAAGCUCAGAGCAACACGGGGACGCUUUAUAAAACACCAAACGACGGAUUGUGAGCGCAGGAAGCUAUGGAGCUGUCUGCUGUGGGGGAAAGCGUGUUUGCGGCAGAGUCCAUCCUUAAAAGGCGAAUCAGACGGGGUCGCUGGGAAUAUCUGGUGAAAUGGAAGGGCUGGUCUCAGAAAUACAGCACAUGGGAGCCGGAGGAGAACAUCCUGGACCAGCGACUCUUCGCCGCUUUCGAGGAGAGGGAAAGAGAGAGGGAGCGGUUUGGUCCUAAAAAGAGGGGGCCUAAGCCAGAGACAUUUCUUCUAAAGGCGCAGGCCAAAGCUAGAGACAAGCCAUAUGAGUUCCGAAGGGAAGCAUCAAGGCCAGCUGGACAGGUCUCUUAUGCCACUUCAGAGUGCGUCAUUACACCUAGGGCGCGUGAGGGUUUGCGCGCAGUGGUGCCCACUAUUUACCCACCCAGCGCAGUCAACCGAGGGGAGAGUGUCCCUGUUGGAUUGUUAGACUCGGACAGAAGGCACAGAGUAUCCGUAACUAACGAAGAGGUGAUGCCCAAAAAGCGUGGACGCAAACCCAAAAUGCCUUUAGAAUACCAAGAGGUCAAACGCAGCAGGUCACUGGAGGAGUGUUCUACAACAAGGUCCUUACAUUAUUCCGCCGAGACGUCAGACCACACACUCAAUAUGCUGACUAAAAGAUUUGAAGAGGAAACAACUAUCACCCCAAAGUCCGGUGCGCCCUACACGUGCUCGCUGGGCCGCACAGGGGACACCAGAACUCACUUUGUGAACAGAAUGUCUCUCCAUCCGCUUAAACACCGACCCGCCAUUAUCCCUGCACUCUCAGACCCAAACGAUCACGCGCCCCUUCCAGACUACUGCUCCUCGUGGAUGCCGCCUCUAAACCGCCUGGACGCUGUGACCGUGACCGACGUCACUAUGAACUUUCUGACAGUGACCAUCCGUGAAAGCAGCACAGCUAAAGGCUUCUUCAAAGACAAAAGAUGAGCGUCCUCUUGUAUCAGCAGAUCUAACACAGCACUAAAAGAUGCUUGCUAUUGUGUACACUUUUAAUACGCUGCUAAAAUAAAUUUUCCAGUGUUAA